AUGGAUUUCCUACUCUCAAGCGAGCUAUCAGCCGACACUUUGGCGGCAUUGCAGGCGCAUCUUCAGGAGCAACAGGUCCAACAGGAUGCAGGCGUAUCCGAGGACUUCCGUCUAUCACAAUUCUGGUACAACAACCGAACUGGUCGCGCUUUGGCACAGGAGGCCAUCGACCAGAGCAAAGAGAAAUGCAUUGCUUUUGUGAGCACACCAGCGGCUUAUCGAUACUUCCUAAAAAUUCAAGAGGAGAGCGAAUCGUCUAUCGACGGUGAUAAUGUGUAUUUAUUCGAGUACGACCGCCGCUUUGGCGAGAAGUACAACGACCACUUUGUCUUUUACGACUACAAUGAGCCCACAAAUCUGCCAGAGAAAUUUCACCGAUUUUUUGACUAUGUGCUGGUAGACCCACCUUACCUGAAUAUCAACUGCAUGAGCAAGUUUGCUGAGACUAUGCGCUGGCUAGUGAAGGACGUAGAGGUUGUACCGGGAAGCAAACACAAGAUCCUCAACCCAUGCACCUUCAUCACUGCACGCAUGCUCCGUAAAGAUAUCUUUGCGGAUCUAAACUUUACGCCUUCGGGAUUUACACCGACGUUCGAAUCCAAGCUGUCAAACCAGUUCCUGACGUAUACCAACUAUGUCUCCGACCGUUUUGGUGAGAGCACAGAGGACUUUGAAGACUCCGACAACGAGAAGUGA